ACAAAAGUUCCGGCAAAAAUGUCACAUACCAUUCUGUUGGUACAACCCGGUUCACGGCCCGAAACCCGUACAUACAGUGACUAUGACAGUGUCAACGAUUGCAUGGAGGGUGUUUGCCGCAUCUACGAAGAGCACCUGAAACGCAUCAAUCCCAAUACACCCACGAUCACAUACGACAUCAGUCAACUGUUCGAUUUCUUAGAUCAAUUGGCUGACAUCAGUUGCCUCGUGUAUCAGAAAUCGACCAACACAUAUGCACCCUACAAUAAGGAAUGGAUCAAGGAGAAAAUAUAUGUGCUGCUGAGACAGGCUGCCGGCAGUACAAACUGAUAGGAGAAUU